ACGUGGAAGAAUGCCCCCCACUUCAGCCGCAACACCGCGCGUAUUAGUGAAAAACCACGCUAUAUCGCCCUCCAUCACCACAGACACUGGAUUUAGCGGAGUGAUUUAGAGGGUUGAACUGGACGUCUUACAUGAGAGUAAAGUGAAACUCUGGGGACGGAAGUAAAAUCACAUGCUGCGGUUGCACAGCUGCGUGCGUACAAGGGACGUGGUUGAGGACUGUACCCGUGCGCUCUAAAGGCACCCAAACUACCACAAAAAGUGAUAAGGUAACCGCGGCUGUUCUACUGUGUAACCGGGACAGAUAAAGCAUCUGAGCAGCAAUGACGACUCACACAAGAGCUCCAGUCUCCUGCUGUAGCCCGAGGUGAAUAUGAAUGAAGACUGACCAAUGGUAAGUAGGCGAAGCAAAACGCGCUGCUUGUAGUGGUGUGAAGUUGUGACGCAUUGAUCAAAAUUGACUCCAAACUCCUUAAACACGACCAGAGACUACACAGCUUUGAAGGAGUGAUAAAACAGAGUUGAUAUAAAGCCUGUUUCAUUUAAAGUAGUAAAGUAAAACGUUGUCGAAACUUACCAGGAGCCGACUCCGUGCGCAUCCGUCCACAGCCUUCCCAGCCGAGCGACUGGCUCACAAGCUCUGCGUUACGGACGUUUUUCCAGGCAGGGGAAUUCCGAGUAAAUAACUUCCCAUCUGCCAGUCAGAAGGAAACUGAAAUAGAUUUAGGAUUUACUGGAACUGGCUCCUGGUUUACAGGAAUUGGUAGAGCCAUGUGGGGCCGGAUUGUAAUUCCUUACCUGUUAGAGGGUUUGUUCCUGUAACAGGUAAGAAUGACCCCAUUCAUAGUGCUGAAUUGUUGUUUAACUGGAUUUUUAAACGCUGAUUUUUUUGGUAAGGGUGUAACAAUUGUCAGAUGUCAAGUUUUUCUAAAGUACUUGAUUGAUGGAUUUUUGAUUGAAACUUAAAAACAGUUGAAAAUACAAAUUAGUGACAAUCAGAAAAACAAAACAAGACAGUAGCUGAAUCUGCAAUCCUCUCAUUUUUAAGCCCCUCUUUUUACAUGAGCGAAAAGGACCAGGAAGAAGUAUAAACUUGCCUAAUCCUACCCUCUUGUACUUAUGUUGACACAAAAAAGGCAUGUUGGUCCAGGUUUGAAUGAAAAAUCUAUAAACACAUGCGCUGAAAACAUUCCAAUAACUGUGCUUGCCUGGCCUCUCACCAUGGCUGAAUUACAUUUUGCCUCUGAAAUGUUUGUCUCUUUUGGUAUUUGUAGAGUAUGCUAUUUUAAUGGUGUGUGCAGGUCACUAAAUUGAUCAUUUGUCUGUGUUUUCUGGCUGCUUCUGGGGCCAAUAUAACAAAAAGCUGCCUCAGCAAUAAAGGGAGGUUUAAACUGUUUACAGUGUGCAACCAGCUGGGGCGCAGAGACACAGCUGUACACAGGGGUGGAUGUUUAGACAGACUCUUAUUUGGAUGUCAUGAAUGAAAAAUGUUGGGCUGCAGCCCAGCGUUCAGCAUGUUAUGAAAUUGUAUGUAUUUAUUUCAUUUCUGCUCUCUCUCUCACACUGUGACUGUAAACUCUCAGCCUCUUCUGUGCAUUCGUCUCCUCGCUCUGCUGCUUCUACCUCUCUCUCAGUCCUGUGAGAGCCAAAGGCCUCCCACAGAAGUCAGAGACGACUACAUGGCAAUCGUGCAAACUCUUCUCAUCAAAACAGUAAGAUACUAGUUGUGCAAAUACUUUUAACUAUUUGGUAUUUCGUAGUACAUGUCACAGCAAAAUAAUGGCACCAGACUGAUCUAUAUCUGGCUUGCACGUACAAUCUGUAUGAUGAUUUAAAAAACUAUGUUGAACAUGUGUUAACACCUAAUCAUUUCACUGGAGAAAUCUUAUCUUUAGGAGGAGACAAAAUGCUGUGAAAAGAAACAGACGAGUUAGAACAACACUUGUAGAAGUGCAGGAUCACGAAGGAUGUAAAAAGUGCAGCAAAAGCCGCAACCUGAUAUGAGGUGUUAGAUGCAAUCCAGUUCUUUGUGCUUUUACUAUUCAGCAAGAUUGAUGGUUCAGUUUUUGAUUUUUUUUUUUUUAAACAGCUUAACGUUUGCUUUAAAAAAAAAAAAAAAAAAGACAAAAUGAGGAAACAAACUAUUUUGGCAGGUAAACGGAGUAACGAAAAAAGCCACACACAAAUAACGAUAAGGGGUGUGAACUUGUCGUUCUUCCAAAAACUUGUAUGGGAAACCCUUCCUGCAACGUGCAACGUGCAGCAUUGCCACAGAGUUAGAUGAGGGAAGACAGAUUGCCCAAUGCAGCAUUAAAAAAAAAAAAAAGACUUUAAGAAUAAUCCUGACAUAAUACACAAAAGUUCAGAUUUUAAAUGGUUUGUGUCUUUGCUGCUAAUAUUGAGCACUGUUAUGCUGUCAUUUCUUUAAGGAGGAAAAUAUUGCAACCUUGCUACAAAAUUCAACCUGUCCAGAACUGAGACACAGGCCACAAAGGUGCUCAGGUUCACAAAACCAGGUAAGAAAAUUAUUCGUUUUUUUUUACAUGUAUUUAUUUAAUUGCUUUUUGUUCCUGAUUUGCAUUAUAUGUUAUUCAAAGUGAGAAUACACUGAAACAGAGACCCUGCCCAUUGGUAUUUAGCAUCUCACUGAUGUGGUUCUGAUGUUAUUAAAAGCACUCAACAGAGAAUUAGAUGUAAAUCUCAUUCAGCCUUGAGGUGGUCUUCAUGAUAACAGCAUCCCUAACAAGUUGACUCCUUGUCAUCAUUUGGCCAAAAGCUCAAAGAGCUCCUCUCUGUUUUAUUAUUGUUGGCCGAAAAUGUGUUACAGAAAGGGGUUUGUUUUGGAGAGUGUGUACAAUAUGAGUGAAAUGUUGCAUACUCCUCUGUUCAGCAGGAUGUUGUGAGCACCCUGCACACCCUCAACUGCGAAAUGAAAAACUCAAAGUCUGCUGUGACGGAGAAAUUAGCCCGGGACAUCGGGCAAUCCAUACGGUGCUCUUGUCCUGAGAGACCGGUAGGUUAAAUCCUUUAAUCUUGGAUGCAUAUUUUUGAUUUAUGUGAAACAUUGUACUAGUUGACACAACUUAAGAGGAGGCAGCAGCAAGGCCAUGACAUUUUCUAUCGUUUUUUCUGCGGGGGAUGCUAAAAUAGAGGAAUGUUGUUUGACUGCACAGAGGAUGAAUCACUAAAGGCUUAUUUAUUAUAAAAAACAAACAUUUAUGACACACUGUGGGGUGUGGUUGCAAGGUUUAACAGCAUUGGCCAAAAGUUAAACAAAUUUCAACAUCUUUAGUUUCCAUUUUUCGUACAAGUUACACUUGAGUGCCAAAGUUCAGGUAUCUGUAUCUGAGGUCAAGAAGUGGGUGUAUGCUCUGUGUUUAUUCACUAUCUCAGUAAGAUGCUGGGAAAGCCUGACACAUGUCCAAUGUUGUUAAAAUAAAAAUAAAAAAAAACAUGGAAAACUCGUUAGUUGUGUAAUUUAAGAGACGGCAGGAUCAUUAUUAGUUCUGAUGAAUCAGACUCAUAGUUGAAGUCUGAGUCAUGCAGCAGAGCAAAGCAAGGCCUCUUUAGUGGCACAGUAGCACAUGUUUCAUUCAGUAGCUCACACUUUAACUUCUCAGGUUUGGUCUUACAUUCACUCAUGAUUAUCUGAGCAUUAAGAAAGCAUUAGUAAAUGCUUAUGAGCAGAGGUAUUGUAAAGAGUCUCCACCUUUUGUACUUUGAUCAAGCUCCAUAUACGGAAGAAUCAGAGUGGUUCGCUGUGAUUACUGUCUGUGUCGUCAGGGGUCAGACUUUGAUUUGUCAGUGACAGACUGGGUGGUGUGCCUAAAACAUUCAUAAAUAAUUGAAGUGUAUACUAUCAAAAUUUCAUUUUUAGUGAGCAUUGUUAUUUUGAACACAUUAAUAAGCAUGUUUUUUUCUGUGUGUCACCUUCUGUUGACUAGACGAAAACACCAAACGUGACAUCAAAGAGGAAGAGGAGUGCCAAAGGAGAAGGAAGAAGGAAGGAGCACAGAAAAUCUAAGAGGGAGAGGAAACUCUGUAAAGCUAAGGUGAUCCUUUCUCACAUGACUGAAUGCUACGAGAUGCUGAACUUUAUACUGGAAACCUGAGGCCAGAGGACUUUCAGCUAGCCGGGUUCUUCAGUACCAUUACUAUCCUUCAUUGGAUCAUACGAGAUGAAGCUUUCACUUCCAUUUAAGCUAACUUGUCAAUGCCAGAAUAUCUCUCCUGCAGCUGGGUGUUGUGUGACCACUGACUCACUGAUAAGUUUUCCAAGAGAUGCAGACAUAAGCUAAUAUGCCAAGUGGAAAAGAAAGUUUGAAGGUCAGCAAACAAACGGAGCUCUCACGCACUUCUUCCGCCCUCUACUUUACGGAUACUUUAAAGAAUGUCUCGUACAUUAAAGGUGCAUGAGGCACAGCACGAAGGAGACUUUAGACGGCUGAAGGUGUUUGCAAAAAUAUAGUUUCUUUAUUUUCAAGAUUCAAAUGUGCAGAUGUGUUUUUGUGUUCAUUCAGAAUAUGCUAUGACUUUAACUUGCACAUAGACAUAACCUCUCAAGUACACCAGGGCAUACGGUGCUUUAACAGUUUUACUUUCACUUUUGGAUGAGAACGACUAGCCCUGACACAUCAUUGUUAUCUUGGCUAUCUGAAGCUUCUUUGUUCAACUUUUUUCGCCUGGGAAGUUGUUUUAGGCUAUGUGUCAAGUUAUGGUUCAUUCUUCUAUUAUGACAGUGUGUUGAUAUGUCAUUGAGUAAGACUGAUAUUUUAAAAGCACAUUUUGUCACAGAUGGCUAACUUCAACCCACUCCUUUCCGGUCGGGGAUGCAGAAACCUUUCCUGUCACGUUUGGUUGGAACUUUGAUGAAUGUACUGUAAUUAGGGUGAGAAUACUUCCGAGACCCUUUUGGUGCCAGACCUCCCCUUUCCCGACAAUAUAAGCACAUGCUGCCUUUCCCCUCAGUCAGUCCAGCUGCAACUCUUUAAGUGCAGCAGCUAUCUUCUCUUCCUGUGAGAGACAACAUAUGAUGCAUUAAUAUGUAGCUACAUUUUCUUUUGUAUAUUUUAUUUUAUAUUAAAGCACAACCUGAAAGGACUUUGUGUUGGACCCAUAGCACAUGUACUCCAAAUAUAUUUAUACCUCAAAUUGCAUAUG